CGGUCAUAUGGUCACACUGCUUGCCAAAAAAAAUAUCAGGGCAAAAUUUUUACGUAGCAGUGAAGCAAAAAACUCCUAGCACAGGAAUAAUAAUUCGUAGCACAUAAAAGGAUACGGUGGUACGAUGGCCGCCAUAGUACUAACUCGCAACAUGCAGUUGGCCAAGCACCAUGGCAGCGGUGUCGUUGGAGUAUUGUGCCUGCGUGGAUAUGCUGCCGCUGCUGAGGAUGCUCCACGCCCGUUGAAGACCACCAAUCCGGCUGCCAUGAAGCGGGGCACUGGCGGCAGAAGCAGUUUCAAUGGAAUUGUCGCUACUGUCUUUGGAGCAUCCGGCUUUGUAGGUCGCUACGUGUGCAACAAACUGGGCAAAUCAGGCACGCAAAUGAUUCUGCCAUAUCGGGGCGACGAUUCAGAGAUUAUACGCCUUAAGGUUUGCGGCGAUUUGGGUCAAGUCUUGUUCCAUUUCUAUAAUUUGGAGGAUCCAAAGUCGAUACGGGAAGCUGUCAAGCACUCGAAUGUGGUAAUCAACCUAGUUGGACGCGACUAUGAGACCAAGAAUUUCAAAUUCAAGGAUGUGCAUGUAAAUGGUGCCGCACGCCUGGCCAGCAUCUGUCGUGACGCCGGUGUGGAACGAUUCAUUCAUUUGUCGUCGCUCAAUGUAGAAGCCAAUCCUGAGCCUUUGAUCAUCAAGGGCGGAAGCCAGUGGCUUAAGAGCAAAUAUGAGGGUGAGUUGCGAGUACGGGAUGCUUUCCCCAAUGCUACAAUUAUUCGGCCAUCGGACAUCUAUGGCUCGGAGGAUCGUUUCUUGCGCUACUAUGCUCACAUUUGGCGCCGUCAGUUCCGUUCUAUGCCGCUGUGGUACAACGGCGAAAAGACUGUCAAGCAGCCAGUUUUCGUUUCGGAUGUGGCUCAAGCAAUUAUCAAUGCCGCCAAGGAUCCCGAUUCAGCUGGUCGCAUAUACCAGGCAGUUGGGCCCAAACGCUAUCAAUUAAGUGAGCUAGUCGAUUGGUUCCAUCGCCUUAUGCGCAAAGAUCAGAAACGUUGGGGCUAUCAGCGUUAUGAUAUGCGCUGGGACCCUACUUUCCUGCUUAAGGCUAAAUUUACCCAAUGGAUUUGCCCAGGAGCCCCGGUUGCUGGUCUGCAUCCUGAUAGGAUUGAACGCGAGGCUAUCACUGAUAAGGUCUUGCCCGGUGUGCCAACGUUAGAAGACUUGGGUGUCCAGUUGACCACCAUGGAGGAGCAAGUGCCUUGGGAGCUACGCCCCUACCGCGCCGCCCUCUACUAUGAUGCCGAAUUGGGUGAAUUUGAGACGCCAUCGCCUCCCAAAUCGAUUGAGAGUCGCGAUGAGCUUCGUUUGUUUGCUUAAACGAUUGAUUGUUAUAUUGUGUGAAAUUUGUAGUGAAAUCAAUAAAUAUUGAAGACGACGAAAA